AUGAUCAGUGAUUAUGAUGCACAGAUGUUUAAAGAGAAUUUUGAAAGAAAAAAAGAACUUGAUCCUUCUUGUUAUUUUGCAUAUGAGGUAGAUGAUGAACAUCGGUUAAAGUAUUUUUUCUGGGCUGAUGGCAUUGGGAGAAAAAAUUAUGCCACUUUCGGUGAUAUUGUCUCUUUUGAUACGACAUAUGGAACAAAUAAAUACACAAUGAUAUUUGCUCAAUUUACCGGAAGAAAUCAUCAUCGACGAUGCAUUACAUUUGGUGCUGCAUUUUUGUGUGAUAAGAAAACUGAAUCCUUUACUUGGUUGUUUGAGAAGUUCUUAGAAGCAAUGGGUGGUCAUAAACCUAGAUGCAUAAUCACCGAUCAAGAUCCAGCAAUGAAAGCUGCAAUAAAAAAUAUAUUUGAUACCUCUUCUCAUCGAUUUGCAUGUGAGACUCCAGAGGAAUUUGAGCAUAGUUGGACACAAGUUGUUAAUGAGUUUGAGCUCACAAAAAACGAGUGGUUCUCUUCUAUGUACGAGAUACGACACUCAUGGAUACCUGCAUACUUCAAAGACUUGUUCUUGGCUGGUUUAUUUAGAACAACUUCUAUUUCUGAAAGUGAAAAUUCAGUAUUUGGUAGUCUUACAGAUAAGUGGCUCAAUUUGGUUGAAUUUUGGGUUCGAUAUGAAAGUAUUAUCGACAGGCAGAGGCAUAACCAAAAAAAAUCUGAUCAUGACACAUCACAUUCACUUCCUAUAUUGAAGACAAAUCAUAGUAUAGAAAAGCAUGCAAGAGAUAUUUAUACUCAUGCAAAUUUUUAA